UGCUGCUAUAACCAGCUGAUGCUGAGGCUAUGAACACGGAGCCUCAGAAGAACUGUUGACGGUUCAUGGAUACCCCGUCAUCGGCGUUAUGCCUGCGGAUUCGGUCUCAUCCCCGUCGGCAGAUUGAAUGAGGAGGAAAUCUGAUCGAGUCACGACACACAGGCCUGAGCUUCUUCCCCCCCCCCUCGUCCUGCCGCUCCACAUGAUGUUUCUUCGUCUUCCCACAUCACCAUCUUCAUGGACAUGAUGCUCUGCGCUUCACAUAUUGAGCUUGAGGCGACACAUCACAUCUGCAGGUACGACUUUGUUUGGAUAGAAGUACAAGACAAACAACCUCAAGACAUGUAAUAAAGAGGAUUCAGACACGACUGGAACAACUCGAUCCAUAAAUAAAAGACUGACAUUUAAAGGUUGGAGGAGAUCUGCGGAGUGAGGGAGAGAGAAGCCGAAGUCAAAAUGGGGUGUGUUCACAUGAAUACCACAUUUCUCCUGGACUCGACAGUUCACUCCCUCAGACGCUGGUCAAAGCAGGAGUCUCCUCGCUAAAAACCAGAGCAGCUCAUUUCACCUGCAGGAGGAGCCCUCGCCCUCGGUGAUGUGAUGAAUAAGUUUGAAGUCCUUGGCAUUGUGGGAGAAGGAGCGUAUGGAGUGGUGCUUAAGUGCAGGCAUAAGGAAACCAAUGAGCUGGUGGCCAUUAAGAAGUUCAAAGACAGCGAAGAAAAUGAGGAGGUCAAAGAAACGACUCUUCGGGAGCUGAAGAUGCUUCGGACGCUGAAGCAGGACAACAUCGUCGAGCUUAAGGAAGCUUUUCGCCGCAGGGGGAAACUCUACCUUGUCUUUGAAUAUGUUGAGAGGAACAUGCUGGAGCUCUUAGAGGAACUGCCCAACGGUGCACCGCCUGAUAAAGUCCGCAGCUACAUCUACCAGCUCAUCAAAGCCAUCAACUGGUGUCACAAGAAUGAGAUAGUACACAGAGAUAUCAAGCCCGAAAACCUCCUCAUCAGCUCGGAGGACGUCCUCAAACUCUGUGACUUUGGUUUUGCUCGUAACCUGUCUGAAGGAACAGAUGCCAACUACACUGAGUAUGUGGCUACACGGUGGUACCGCUCGCCGGAGCUGCUGCUGGGGGCUCCGUAUGGAAAGGCCGUGGACAUGUGGUCAGUGGGUUGUAUCCUCGGGGAGCUGAGUGACGGACAGCCCUUGUUCCCAGGAGAAAGUGAAAUAGAUCAGCUCUUCACCAUUCAGAAGGUUUUGGGGCCUCUUCCUGCAGAACAGAUGAAACUCUUCUACAACAACCCUCGCUUUCAUGGAAUCAGGUUUCCCUCUGUUACUCAUCCUCAGACUUUGGAGAGAAGAUACCAGGGUAUCCUGAGUGGUUUGAUGUUGGAUCUGAUGAAGAGCCUGCUGCUGCUGAACCCCACUGAGCGUUACCUGACUGAGCAGAGUUUGAACCAUCCAGCCUUCCAGCCUCUGAGACAGGCAGAGAGAGAACGACCUCCCCCUGCAUCUCCCAACCUGCCGCGCUCCUCCAAAAGGAAAACGCACCAUCAUGGAGAGAACACAGUUCCUACAAGGAGUCACCAAAAGAGCACGAGCCGUCGCUCCAACAGCAAAGAAUGUUCCAGCCUCCCUCGCCAUGGCGACCUCCAUCACCUCAGCAACAAGGGUUUCCUCAACGGGAACAAGCCACCCCCCUCCAGUCUGAGUCCUCAACUCCUCCCAAAGGGCCAGUACUUGUCCCAAACCCUCAAUCGUUCAGCCUCAUCCAGCAAAGACCUAGCCAACAACAACCUGCCGCACCUCCUCAGUCCAAAAGACACAAAAGGCAAGACAGAGUUUGAUUUCAGCAUGGGACCGUCCCCGAAGCUGUCUGACCAGGGACACGGAGGGAAGUACAGCCACAGCAAAUCCAGCUCCUCUCGCUCUCAGCAGCAGCAGCAACAGCAGCAGCAGCAGCAGCAGCAGCAGCAGCAGGCCAGCCGCCACACCUUCCUGGAAGGAAAGAACAAUACCCUGCAGUCUGCAGCAGAAAAACAACAUGGCCGACACACCCACAGUAUGGCCGAUUCUACCCAUGGGUCCAUGUCCUCGUCCUCAAAGAGUUCAGCCUCUUAUCUCAGCCUGUCUAAGAGCCACAGCGCGCUGAGCGAUUCUAAAUCUGUAGGGAACCUCAGUGAUGGUCGACUCCACCUAGAUGACCCAAACGCCAACGCCAAUGUUGGGAUGCAGCCCAGUGCUCGCUUCUUCCCAGCCAGCUGCUUAGACCUGAACGCUCCUUCAGGUCCACCCGGGCCGCCCGGCAGCCCCUCUGCUCGACACAGCGAUCGAUCUGGACACAGCCCCGCUUCGCGUAGCAGCGGCAACGUCCGAAUGGAGAGCAGCACACUGGACUCCUCGUCCAGACACAAAUCCAGACAUAAACCUUUAACACCAGAGGAGACCGGCGCUCCGGAGCUCUUAGACCCUGGAGGAGCUGGGAUGCCUUCCACACACACUCUACCUUCUCCACAUGAGUCUUAUCAUUACGGCCUGGGCUACACCUCACCCUUCUCCUCCCAGCAAAGGCCUCAGCGCCACUCUAUGUACGUGAGGAGGGAGCGUCACCGACCACACGGGGUGGAGGGGGGAAUGGCGGGCCUGCCUGCGCCGGGACAGGCAAUACCAACACGUGCCAGCAGUCUGCAGCUCCUCUCCCCUCAGCUGCAGCACCGGACAACCCUGACAGGACACUCCGUUAGCUCGUCCAGAGAGAGCUGCACAGAUGACAUGACCAGGAGUGAGCAGUCCCCUAAAGACUUGAGCCACCCCUGUGCCCCCAUCAAAGACUCUACGAGGGACAACGCUGCUGCUUAUCAUACGCAGCGCUCUAAAAACGAGGUCGGGAUGUAUCACGACCCGCAUGUUGAGGACGGCGGAUCCUCCAAGGAGAACCGGAUGAUCUUCACUGAGUCCAUGCCACGGAGAGUUGGCAGCUUUUACCGUGUCCCUUCCCCCCGACCAGAUAACUCCUCCUCUUUCCACGAUGGCGUCGGGCAGGGUCGAGGGCCGGUCGUACCCGUUGUACCUGGAGACCCUGUCGCCAUGGCCAACCACUCCAAACGUCAGACAGCUUUUGACUGGACUGCUGCCGAAGCGAUGGUCAUGAAUCCUCCGGAGCCGAUCAAAGAGAAGGAAAAACAAGGCUUCUUCAGAUCCAUUAAAAAGAAGAAGAAGAAGACACAAAUAACGGACAUGGAGGACGGGAGGAACCCCAGCAUCAAGAAAAGCCUUUUCCCCCUCUUUAGCUCAAAGAAUAGCUUAAAGCACAACUCAGCUGUCAAAGUCCUACCUGUAGUGGCCUCGCCUAUGGUACAACACCAGCCUCCCGCGCCCUACCCUGCCUCACCAGUUCCUGGUAACGGACAAGAGCACAUGUCCCUGCAGAGGAGCUCAAAGUCGUCCUCUCACCACGGCAGCCGACGGAAAAACCGCGAGAGAUCCCGAGACAGAGACCGAGAGCGGGAACAGAGCAGGGAACGAGACAGAGAGAGAGAGAGAGAAAGAGAGAGAGAGAGAGAGAGGGACAGAGGGAGGGAGAGAGAGAGAGUCAAUGACUGGCCACCAGACAAACCAGUGGACUCACACUCUCAGAGUCAACCCCUGAAGUCGCUCCGCCGGCUCCUUCAUCUCUCGCCGUCUUCCUCGAAUCAAGGACAACCUCCUCCCCCUCCCCCUGACCUGCGCUUCCAAGCCCCUCUCCCCAACCCCCCUCAGCCCUCCUCCAAACCAGUCUACCCCGAGGGUCGAGGGCACGCCGAGAGUAGGGGGCACCCCGGGGUGAGCAGCUCCACCCAGCAGGCCAAGAGCCGCAAGACCAGCUACCCUCUUCCCGGGCAGAUCGAGUCCAGCUGGCACGUGUCGGCUCUGCAGCGGGCAGAGGGCGCUCAGUUCACCCCAGAACAGCUGGGCAUCAAACCGGGGCAGAACGGACCCACCUUUACCCGAGCCUCCCGCACUAGGAUGCCAAACCUCAACGACCUGAAGGAGACCGCGCUGUAACACCCCCCCCCCCUCCCCUCACUUCAAUUGUGUCUCCACCCUGAGAGCCUCUGCCAGACACCAACAUCAUGGUACUGUAGUGCAAGUUUACAUGAAAACCUGUUUCACUGGAUCCUCGUUUAGAAACGUAGUUCUUCUGUUGAUGCUUAUGUGUCUGAAAUCUACAAAAACUAAACACACUCAGCAGUAACAGUGCUGUGUAGGAAAUCAAAGACGGGAAAGAGGGUGCGACUGUGGUAUCAGUCAAAUGUUAUUCUGAUCUUUCCAGUCAAGGAGACACUGCCUGUACGGCCUCUCUGCUGCCAUCUUCUGGCCAAAGGACGCUACAGCAACAACAUCGGACAGCUGCUGUCAAACCAGUGGCCAAUAAACUCAAAUGUUUUUUCAUGCUCUAAUAUUUGAUAAGAACAACAACAACAAUGACAGAAGAAAAAAAAAAAAGAUUUCUAUCAACAUUAUUUAUUAAAUGUUUAUUUGUUAUAAAUUCAAGGAUAUAAGCUAUAAAUGACACAGUAUGUAGGCUAUAUGGGAAUAUUAUAAGGUAAUAUAGAGAUAAAAGUGUAAUUGCAAGAGCUUUAGUUUCGACACAGAGAAAUGCAUAGAUAUUUAUGUGUUGAUAAUACAAUAUGUCACGAAAAAUAUUUAAUAAUGGUGAAUGUCCUUUUUAUGUUCAAUUGAACAGAUUUUCAUGUCAUAUCACAUUAUUUUGACCCUUUUUCUGUUUUUGUUGUAUUAUCAGAAUGUAAAAAAAAAAAAUAUUCACAGAUACUUGUUGCCCAAGUAGAAAAACAAAUCUAGGAUAUCUACCUAGUUAAAAAAAAAAUCUGCCCAUCACCUUCAUGACAUCAGCUCUGAAGUUCAGAGUCGAGUCAGGCUUUUUUGUCAACAGGGUUUGGUAGCAGAGCAGACAGAGUGACACUGUUAGUCUCUGUCCUUUACAAACAUUAAUGGCAACUUGCUUAAUGUCCCACUCUUUAAGGAGCCCCACUUUGUGUUCUUCAGUUCAUUCAUCAGCUACAACAGCUUUCCAGCUCCAUGCUGCCAUGCUACUUUCGUCUACAGCCUUAACAGCAAGAAAUGUGCAUCAACACUUUGGUGCCCAUCAGUGGUGAAAAGUGUAGCCUCUUUAGGUGACUGACUUUUCCUUUAACAUACAGUGUUGAAGGCAAGUCCGGGUGAACUCUGUGAAAAGGCAUACGUCACCCACAACCUUUAAGAUCUUAAAGGUGAAGUCUGGUGUUUUUUAUACUUCUACAAGUUAACAAAUCAAAUGAAAAGAUCAAAAGCAACACUGAAAUGAACAUCCUUAUACGCGGUGUCUGUAUAUUCAAAACCUUAUAUACUGAGUGUUAUAGCUCUAACUCUA